AUGGCCUCCAGCAGCGGUAAGAGGGCCAUGAAGGUCCCGCUGAUACCUCUUGCCAGAGACCUGGUCCUUCUCCCAAGCGUCAACCUGCGAAUCCCGCUCGCAGACCGCCCCGAUAUCCCGACGCUCCUCACCUCGCUCUUUAGCAGACAUGCAAAGCAACGACAGAACAACACUCCGAUACUGGUGGGAUGCAUCCCACUGAACUCGCCCUUUUUGUCCAAGGACGGCCAGUUGCUGCUUACUGAUGGGGACAAGGCGAGGGCUCGGUCGAUAGACGAAGAGCCCGUCAACCCUGCGGCAGCCGGAGUUAACGACCUCUUCCAGUAUGGAACGAUCGCUAAAGUGGUCGGAGUCCAGGGAAGAGCAAAUGCGGAGCCCUUCCUACUGGUCGAGGGAGCGAAGCGGUUCUCAGUGCAGAAGAUCUUGAAGGAGAAACCGUUCUUUGAAGCAGAGGUGCUGGUCUAUGACGAGCCAGUCCCCCACUCUAUCGAUCCUGAAAUCCCGGAAUUGUUCCAACAGCUCAAACAGCUAUCUCGCGAACUCCUCACUGUUCUACGACUCGCCUCUGUUUUCUCGGCUUCGUCCAGCAUGUCUCCUCUGAUUGCCCGGCGGUUCGAACUUUUCAUCGCGAAACGGGACAUAUCUCAAGCUGGUGCCUUGGCGGAUGUCAUUGCUGAUCUGAUCGAUGCCGGCUUCGAGGAGAAACUCCGAGUCCUAGCCUCCGUCGAGUUGAAGGACAGGCUGGAACGUGUCAUUGAAAUGCUGACCAAGGAGGUCCAGGGUAUGAGAAAUAACAUUAAGGUGACAACAUUCACCACAACAAUACCUUCCAACAUGGGAGUUGAUAUCAAACAGCUCGACCCUCGACAGCGGGAGCUCUACCUUAAGCGCGGUAUGCAGAUGAAUAUGCCUGGUAUGCGAGGCAACGGAAACGGAGACGACGGAGAAGACAAAGAGCCAAACGAGAUAGACGAACUUCAGCAAAAGCUCCAGGAAGCGCAGCUGAGCCCUGAAGCGCAGAAGGUUGCCGACAGGGAGAUUAAGAGACUUCGCAAGAUGAACCCUGCGAAUGCCGAAUAUGGAGUUUGCCGCAACUACCUGGAAAAUAUUGCGGAGAUUCCCUGGUCCAAAGCCACCGAAGACCAGUUAGGCCCAGAAACACUAACUCGGGCUAGACAACAGUUAGACAAUGACCACUAUGGACUCGAGAAGAUCAAGAAGCGUCUUUUGGAAUACCUCGCCGUCCUGAAGCUGAAGCAAUCUUUGAACAAUGAUGUUGAGUCACAGAUCACUGAGCUCUCUAACGACCUCACAGCAAAGGAAAACGCCACUGAAGACGAUGACUCUUCUUCCAUCGCUGAACGGGAUGCCAUUGAGACAAAACUACAGCUGCUCAAGUCGAAGCGUGUAGUUGAUAAAUCACCAAUUCUCCUUCUGGUUGGCCCUCCAGGUACUGGCAAGACUAGUUUGGCCAAAUCCAUUGCUACAUCACUCGGUCGCAAAUUCCACCGCAUUUCUCUCGGUGGUGUCAGGGAUGAGGCCGAAAUUCGCGGCCACCGCAGAACCUAUGUCGCAGCCAUGCCCGGACUUAUUGUCAACGGUCUUAAAAAAGUCGGAGUUUCAAACCCAGUUAUGCUCCUUGAUGAAAUUGACAAGGUUGGCGGCGCAAACUUCCACGGUGAUCCAUCAGCUGCCAUGCUCGAAGUCCUUGAUCCUGAGCAGAACCAUACCUUCUCCGACCACUAUAUCAAUAUCCCCAUUGAUCUGAGUAAGGUACUAUUCAUUGCUACUGCAAACUCUCUGGAAACCAUUCCUCCACCACUGCUGGAUCGUAUGGAGACUAUUUACUUAUCCGGAUACACCACUGUGGAAAAGAGGCAUAUCGCGAAGCAGCACCUCCUCCCGAAGCAAAUUCGAACAAAUGGUCUAUCUGAAGGCCAGGUUAUAAUUACGGACGAGGUUAUGGACAAGAUUAUAACCUCUUAUACCCGUGAGUCGGGUGUACGGAAUCUUGAACGCGAAAUUGGCGCCGUAUGCCGAUUUAAAGCAGUUCAAUAUGCAGACGCCAAAGACUCUUCGCAACUUGACCAGUACAACCCUAACGUAUCCGUCGAUGACCUUGAUGAGAUACUAGGCAUUGAGCGGUUUGACGAAGAAAUCGCUGAGAAGCUGGCCAGGCCAGGUAUUGUCACAGGCCUUGUCGCAUACUCCUCUGGCGGCCAGGGCAGUAUUCUCUUUAUAGAAGUGGCUGAUAUGCCUGGAAGCGGAAGUGUUCAACUCACUGGUACCCUCGGUGAUGUUCUCAAGGAGUCUGUCGAGGUGGCCCUUACCUGGGUCAAGGCUCACUCGUAUGAACUUGGCUUAACACAAGAUCCUAAUGAGGAUAUCAUGAAACACCGCAGCUUGCAUGUCCACUGUCCUUCUGGGGCGAUCCCUAAAGAUGGUCCAUCUGCCGGACUCGCCCAUACCAUUGCCUUGAUUUCUCUUUUUGCCGGCAAGGCUGUUCCACCUGAGGUUGCCAUGACCGGCGAAGUAUCUCUACGUGGACGGGUAAUGCCCGUUGGAGGAAUCAAGGAGAAACUGAUCGGUGCUCAUCGAGCUGGUGUCAAAACUGUUCUUUUACCCCAGCAAAACGUCAAGGAUGUUCGAGAUGUCCCGAAGGAAGUCCAGGAAGGACUUAAUAUUGUCUACGUUACGUAUGUGUCAACUUAUUAUACUGCAAUUGAAACCAGCUGCUAA